AUGAGCACGACGCCCAAGCUGAUGGUGGACCCGUUCACCGAGGCCGUCGAACGCAUCGUGCUCCGCGUCACCAUGGUCGAAGGCCGAGAAGGCGACUACGCGUACAAAGGCACCGCAGUAGAUGGACCCUUGCUGCCACAAGAACUUGCGGAAUUAUCCCUGCUCUGUACACGCCAAAUGGCACUGGAGGGAGCAAAAACUGAUGCGCAAGGGUUUGCCGCCGUCGAAGUGGAACAGCUUGCUGCACUGGUUGCUCUACUCGAUCAGCAUAUUAAUUCCGCUAUCGGAAUCCAGCUUCUCGCCAAUGCGGUGAAAUUGCUGGAAAGCGAGCUUUCCCCGAGUAAAUCUUCGCAAUUGAUGGACCAGUGGCUCCAAAGGGGUGGAGCCGGGUCCACGCAACUCCAGGUGCUUCGCAUGGGACUCCAAGCUGCCUGCGUGGUGCUUUUGAUUGCCGUAUGCUCAGGGGUCGACCGACGAGCUGUCAACGAAGAUGCAAUAGAGGCGGCAAUUACCCUUUAUCGCUCCCACCUUUCCAAACACAUUGUUCCCGCCUGGAACCAGACCGGGCACAUGCUACACAUCAAGUCGUUGGAUGAGAAGGCAGGGCUUGCUUCUCCAUCAAAGAAACGACGGCUAAGCACCGACGAGAACUACUCCUCGGCUAGUAGCGGCCUUGUCAAAGAUCUCAAGAAGGUAUACAAGCACAUUGCUUGUACUGUUCGGCUUCAGUUGACCUUAACGGAACGUUUGGAACUACUCAUUCGAAAAGUGCCCCUAGACGAUCAGCAGAUUCUCAUGCUGACUAAUGGAUCGCUGAUAGGUCUCGAAAUUGAUUGCGGGGCGCCGAAACUCGGUACCUUUGCCAAAGACUCGCCUCCACCGCCACAACAGCUUCAGCUCGCUUGCGUCAAUCUUGUCUCAAGUGCUUUCCGUACUUACCCGUCCCAUCGGGACACUAUACUGGAAGACGUGUUUCCACUCAUGCUACGACUUCCCACAGGGAAGAAGUCUCUCCGUGCUUUGGGCGUCAACUACGGUUCGGCUUCGUCACCGACAACUCUUGCUGCGCUCAACGCCACGCUGGUUGAUGUCACCAACACACAGCCAAACAUUCAGACAAUCACUUAUUUGAUUCUCUCAUGCAUCCAAGCCUGUGUUGUUCGACCGGUGCUGGACACCAGCGACGAUUCUCCACAAGGACAGAUCGUCUCGGGCUUGAAGGCGUGUCGUGCCGUUAGCGAAGUCUUUGUUUCUCAGCUACUUAAGAGAUGUUCCCGUACCAAAGACGGUGCACUGGAAUAUCGACCAAUUCUCGCCAAUAUAGUCGAAGACUUGUUGCAACUUACGCUGAUACCCCAAUUUCCGGCAGCGGAGCUCGUGCUGGUUUGCAUUUCUCAGCGUUUGAAUCAGGAGCUGUCGGCAGCGUCUUCAUCUGCAAAAACUAAGAGUCAUUUUCCUCCCGAGCCGACUUUUCUGACGAUUGCUUUCGAUAUCCUAGGGAAGGUUAUGGCGUACCAAGCCCGUGUACUAGCCACCAGUAGAUCCAAGCCUCUGGCGAUAGCAACCACAAUUGAGAACGAGCCUACAAUCCUUCAAAACGAAGUGCAUGAAGUGCACCUAGCUUGUCAUUGCGGAGAUACCAGAGCUGAUGCUCUGAUGAUUCAAUGCGACCACUGCCGUACCGCCUCGCAUUGCUCUUGCGUCGGUGUUGCCCCCGACGAUAUUCCAGAGGAAUGGUUUUGCGAUGGUUGUCGUCUGGGACGCAUAGCCUUACGAGAACGACGACAGUUGGGGGUUGAGGCAGCGACGGGGAUCGUGGACGAAGUGUUUACGUACCGUCAUUCCUUUUUGUCCAGACUUUCGCACCGCAUAGGUGUGGCAGAACUGGUAGAUGCGACACAAUUUCACUUAUCGCGAUGGGUGGAUGAGAUAGAGCGCAAUAGUAGAUCCACCAUUGACCAGCAAGCAACUUUUCGCCAACUUGUUCAGGAGUUGUUAACGCGUUGGGAGGCACCCGUCGGAGCUCUUGGUCCAGGUACGGACUCGCUGACGGAAGAAGGCUCAUCGCGAAUCACCUUGCACCUUCUUGCCCGGACAUCGCCACUGUGUUUAUCAUUCCGCCAUCAAGUUUCGCUUAUUCUGAAACUCAUGGCCGACGAGUCUGUACCGAUGCUACGCAAGCUGGCGGUGAAGACUAUUGAAAAGAAUUCCUCAUAUUACACAUCUGUUUCUGUUUUUUCCCUUCAGGUGGCUGAUGGUGACCCGCAGCUCAUGCUUCUCCCAAUUGUUACGAAGGCUGUCUCACGCAGACUCACAGAUGACAGCAUAUCAGUCCGCGAGGCCACAGUCUCCCUCGUUGGUGCUUACGUAGUACAGUUCCCAGCUGUCGCGAAUGCUUUUCAUUCAUCGUUGCUUGACUGUCUCGUGGACGUUGGGGUCAGCGUUCGCAAACGAGCCGUGAGAAUCUUUCAGGAGAUUCUUAUAUCGAACCCGCGCUAUCGAGGUCGCUCGUCCGUUUGUGAUUCCAUGAUUACCCGAGCUAUAGAUCCAAAGGAGGAAGACGGAGUCCGAGAUCUGAUUUUUGAACUUUUUACCAAACUCUGGCUAGAGUACGAUGAUGAUGUCAUCACCAGUCCUACAGUACCUUUGCCCAAACCUGCUUCGAUUCCAAGCUCUCCGGAUGGAAAUACCAGAGCACUCCUAUUAGAAGGGUUUGCACUAGGGAGCUCCGUCGUCACCCCCACUCCGCCCGCACUGAGCGAAAGGUACAAACAUUCUCGCUCAAGUCAGAAACGGGUCGACAUCGCUGCUGAACAAAUGAUGGAAGUGGUCAGAGCUAGUGGUUCUGGAGAACGCUUGCAUUCUCUAAUUGUCGAGCUUCUUGCUGGUUCUAACAAUGCGCGAGCUUGCAAGUCUUCGGAACGCAAGCAGCGGUCGGCUCUCGACCAAAAGCAGUGUUCUUGUUUAGUGGAAUCUCUGUUCGAACUUUUGCUUCAAGUAGAAGAGCAGCGAUCCAUCCGAACCUCUCGUGUUGGGAAGGAUGUUGCUGCUACCUUACAAACGAUUGCCGUCUUCGCAAAUUUGGCUCCUAACUCAGUUUUCGAGCAUUUCGAUACAAUAGGUCCCUAUCUCAAGGCUGACAACGGCGUUUCCUUUGACGACGAGUCCAAAAUUGUCGGUGCAGUUUGUGAUAUAAUUGUGUGUCUGUCUCCAAACCUGAAGUACGAGAACAUUCAGCAAAUGGCCUCAGGGACGCUGGCGAAGGAUAUCGUGCUGGUCAUUUACAAAUUCGGUUCUUCAGCUCUGGGAUCUGCUAUCAAGGCUCUUUCGUCUUUGGGGCACCAUCCGGAUGGUGACGAGAAUAGCGUUUUCCGAAAAAAGCUUCUCGAGAUGGCACGAACAUUCUACUGCUACCUUUUGCGGAAAGAAACGGUGGAAGACUUCUCAAAUACCGACGACAAAACUCGUAGCAACACCCACCGGGCCUUAACAGUUCUUGGUUUGGUGUGUCGUUAUCAUGAACGACCUUACGGGGUAACGGAAGAAGAAAGUGAAGUGGACGACAGUGUGGCUGAAAUUUCCUCUUCUGAAUUGACUUACGCAAACCUCAUCGUGGGUUGCUAUAGAAUUUUUUCAACGUACUUGCAAACGCUAGAUGCACCGACAAAGUGCUCAGCCCUUCGUGCACUCGGAGGCCUUUUUGUUUCACAGCCUAGGCUGAUGCUAGAAUUGGAGCAAGUCGGUCUCAUCGAGCACGUCAUGUCGGAAGAGUCUCACAUUAGUCUUCAGCUCGAAUCACUUCAGUGCUGGAAGACAAUUUUGUUGGCGGAAGAACGGCGUAUCGACGGCGGAGUCGCCACGGAGAAGCUGGAAAAGAACGAAAGAGUUACUUUGUCAAACCGUAUCUCCGGGGAUCAAGAUGGCGACGCCACGCUAUUUGGAGGGGUGCUUACGAACCACGCAGACCGGCUCUUUGAAAUGAGCCAAUCCAAGGAUCGGCGUGUAAGGUAUGCCGCGUUGGAUCUAAUUGGGCUCCUACUGCGACAAGGGCUCGUAAAUCCAAACGAGUGCAUCCCUUUCUUGUUUGCGUUACAAGGCGACGUAGAGAAUGCCGCCAUCCGUAGUUUGGCCCUUCAUUUGUUGAUGAAAGAGGGAGAGCGCCGGCCUGAUGCCUUGCGUCAGCGCAUAUGUGUUGGAGCGAAGCAAGCCUAUGACUUCCAACGCCGUAUUUACUCUCAAAAGGACGCAGCGUCUGCAUUGAUCACUGUCCGACGAGGCCGCGUACAGGGAACCGAAUGUAUUUUCGGCAGCGUUUUUAGAAAUUGCAUUUCCAAGAGCCAAAAGCAACGUCGUGGACUAUUCAAGAACCUGCUUUCUUUCUUCGAAACCGCAGAAGUGAAUGUCGAGACACCCUUUGCCAAAAAUGUCCACCUCCUAAAGAUUUCUGGAGGUGGGCAGGCAAACGGAAGCGACUUGUCCCUUCUAUCUUUCACGUCACAAAUUCUUGCGUAUCUGCCAUAUGCCGCAGCCAGUGAUCCUUUGUUCAUCAUCCACCACAUUGGCUCAAUUGUCACAAUUCAAGGGACCCAAAUCGUCGACGCAUUUGCUGCUUUAUUGCGCCCUGCUGGGUUAGCAAGCAACGAUGAAUAUGAUGAAGCUAACGUGACAGAAGAUGCACUCGAAAAAGUUGCCCGUAGCAAGUUUCCUAGCCGCACCCAGGAGGCGAGUGCUUUGUCCAAAAUCGAUCAAUUGAAAUUCCUACAUCUAUGCCGCAGGGGUGCAGCCAUAGUCUUGCUACUGCGCCUCAAGGCGCACCUUCGCCGCUCGUACAAUUUGAGCGAAUUUCGAUGCCUUGAGUACGACCCAAAUGCUAAGGAUCGCAUAGCAGAGAAAGGAAUUUCAAAAGUCGACAAUUCUCCGCCAUUCGAUGCAUCGGUGCCCGCCGAUCUCAUCCACUCCUCUGACAGCUUUAUUCACUGGGACACUAUGAUUCGAGAGUAUGCCGAGUUCCGUCAACUAAUGCGCAAAGAAAACAGCUUUGAUAUCCCCAUGGGGGACGUCUCGGAUGAGCAGCGGAUAUUUGAAGAAGUCGUUGACUGA